UUUUGGGAAGGAGCCGUAGCUCGCUGUGAGGAUGGGAAUGGUGUUGUGUGUUAUGUCUUCCCUUCAGCAUUAUGAGGUGGUAUGAAGUGUAAUCGGGUUUAAAAUGAGGUCGCUGAGUUUUGUCCAGCGUGUGAGUUUGGACUUCACAGGCUCGCUGUUUCCUCACGCGAUCUGUCUCGGAGACGCCGAUAACGACUCGUUGAACGAACUUGUGGUCGGCGACACGAGUGGGAAGUUAUACAUCUAUAAGAAUGACAACUCCAAACCCUGGCUCACUAGAACAUGUGUAGGAAUGCUGACCUGUGUGGGAGUAGGAGACCUCUGUAAUAAAGGCAAGAACCUUGUGGUGGCUGUAGGUGCAGAAGGCUGGUUCCACCUGUUUGAUAUCGCCUCUGCUGUAGCCAAAGCCAAAGCCGAAUCCUCCAGCCAGCCCGAGUUGCUGUUUGGAGAUGACCAGAAGCCAUGUUUUACCCAGCACAUCCCUGCCAACACGAAAGUCAUGCUCAUCAGUGACAUCGAUGGCGAUGGCCGCAGCGAGCUUGUCGUGGGCUACACCGACCGUGUGGUGCGAGCUUUCCGUUGGGAGGAGCCGUCUGAUGCUACAGACCUGACUGCCGGUCAGCUGAUUUUGUUGAAGAAAUGGCUCCUGGAAGGGCAGGUGGACAGUUUAUCAGUGAACCCAGCCCCAGAUGGCAGGCCUGAGCUCAUGGUCUCUCAGCCAGGCUGUGGUUAUGCCAUCCUACUCUGUUCCUGGACACAAGAUGGCGCCGCAGUGCCUGGAGAGAGCCGUUUAACCGCUUCUGCAAGAGAAAGGCCUUCCAGAGACAUUGGUCAGAUGAAGAACAGCGGCCGCAUUCAUAACAAGAACGUGUCAACCCAUCUGAUCGGCAGCAUCAGUAGGGGGUCAAAGGAGGACGACUCGAAAGGAGGAUUAUUUGCUCUUUGCACUUUAGAUGGUACCCUGAAGCUUAUGGACAGCUCUGAGCAGCUCCUGUGGUCGGUGCAGGUGGAUCAUCAGCUCUUCGCACUGCAGAAACUGGAUGUCACGGGUGAUGGCAGAGAGGAGGUGGUGGCGUGCGCCUGGGAUGGCCAGACUUACAUCAUCGACCAUAAUCGCAUGGUGGUUCGAUUCCAGUUCGAUGAGAACGUGAAUGCUUUCUGCGCUGGACUGUAUGCGUGCAAGCAGGGCAGGAACAUUCCAUGUCUUGUGUACGUGAGCUUCAGUCACAAGAUCUAUGUGUACUGGAGGGUGGAGCUGGAGUGCAUGGAGCCCACCAGCCUCGGGAGAGUGCUAGAGGAGAGGCCAGAAUACACAGAGCUGCUGCGCAAGCUGGGAGUGGACACAAGUGAUGCAGAAGGCAUUCGGAAACUCGUCGGAGACGUGCUGUACAGAGAUCCAGAGUAAUGAGAGAUUUAAAGACAAAAGUCAGAUGUUUUUGUUUGUUUGUUUUAAUGUUUAAUUGAACUAUGAAUAAAUGUCUUCAAAUCCUG